GCAGACUUUGAAGGCGGGAAAUUCACACUCAAGGUUUUGAGGAUUUAUUUAAUGAGGAAUGGCAAUAUGUGACCCAAGAGAGGAGGAAGCUCAAGUGCUAAGAUCAAUUUUCGAUGAAGAAGUAUUGACGAUAUCAGACGAUUAUAAUUUGGAAUACAAGGUAGGUGAGGCGGGAACGACUUCUUCAUUCAUUGUACAAGUUUACUGGCCUGAAGGAUAUCCUGAUGUUUUACCUUGUAUCUCUAUGGAUUCUUUUUAUAAUCAUCAUAUCCCUUUAAAUGUUAAAGAGAAAAUAACUGAAGAAUUAGUGUCUGUUGCUAAAGAUCAACUUGGCUCAGCUCUAACAUUUACUUUAAUUGAGUACCUAAAGGAAAACUAUGAGCGAUUUACUAGAUCUUUUGCAGUUGAUAAGGUAGAUACAUCACAAAACAAUUCGUUCCCGAGUGAAACCCCGUCGGUUUCUCGCAAACAGAAUAAACUACCUCAAUUAUCUAAAAAUCAAAAAAGGAAGCACCUAGAUAGACUAGGACAAGGUGGAGAGUUACCUAGAGGUUGGAACUGGAUUAGUGUUAUAAAACACCUUCAACAAACUGGAUCGACGUCAUAGAGGCAUAUUUAGUUGUAUUUCAUUACACACAAAAUAAGGUUUUAUUUGCUUUCACGUUUCAUAUUCAUUGACAAUGGGCUAAAAUGACAACGGGGUUAUGCGUUUCUGAAUGAUGUAUUUUACCAAUUAAAUGUAAUUUACAAAAUAGUGCGGGAUACUUUUUUGAAACGUGCCAGAACAGGUUUUAAUAUAUUACUCGUUGGUGUC